AUGGUCGCAGUGUGGGCGUACAAGUUCCCUCACCUCAACAAACUGUUGAGAGCUGUUCUCUGGUUCAGUCCUCCAGGGAUGCUUCAGAAGGUGAAAACUCUGGAGGGGAGCAACGAUGGAGUGACCAGCAUUGAGUUUGACCCCUCGGGUCUACAGCUCUUAGCUGGAUCUUACGACAACACUGCGCGCCUAUGGAGUCUGAAGGACUGUGAGUUGAAGCACACUUUGUCAGGUCACAGUGCAAAGGUCACAGCGGCAAAGUUCAAGUUUUAUUGUCGAGAAGCUGUCACAGGAAGCCACGACAGGACAAUCAAAGUCUGGGACCUGAGCAAAGCUGCCUGUGAGUAAGUU